AUGACCGAACAGCAGGCCGUCUCCAGGAUUGCAGUCCGUUUGCCGCCGUUCUGGCCCGACAACCCGGUACUCUGGUUCGCGCAGGCAGAGGCAAGUUUUGGCUGCGCUGGAAUAACGGCCGAAGCAACUAAAUCUGCGCUGAUUGUGAGCCAGCUCGACCAACGUUACGCAGCCGAGGUGCAGGACAUAAUCACAGCACCGCCCGGGACUGGAGCUUAUGCCAGGCUAAAAUCAGAGUUGAUUCGACGGGUGGCCGCGUUCCAAGAGGACCGGAUACGUCAGGUUCUGACGCAGGAAGAAAUUGGCGACAGGAACCCUUCUCAAUACCUGAGACAUCUACGCAGCAAAGAUGACACCGUUACUGUGCCAGACAGUCUGCUCAGAACGCUGUGGACCAGUAGGUUGCCGCCGCAAAUAAAAGCCAUAAUCGCCUCACAAACAGACAUGCCGCUGGAUGACGUGGCGCAGCUAGCAGACCGGAUUCAGGACGCGAUAACACCGGCUCAGUCAGCGCAGUCGCCGCGUUGGACAACAGUACAAACAGUACCGCGUCCGUAG